CUAGUGUAACCCUGGUAGGGAACAGGGCAUUUAUUUUGCGUGUGAGAGGUGUUUGGGCCUUAUUUUUAUGAAUUUGCCUGUGGCCAUCUUUACCUAUUAAAAAAACGCACAAGUCGGCUAGUCGGUACAACGGUACAACAAACUCUGGCGUUUCAGGUGUUUAGGUGAUGAGACUUAAGAGAUUCGCCCACCACACCAAGAUCGUACCGAGGUCAAGAGGAGGUUUUCACCAAUCAGGUGACUGGUGAGGACUGGGAGAAUUCCAAGAUAUCACCAAUGAGCUAUAUAGAGCAAUGUCUAAGACGAAAGAAAAACGUGAUGGGAGGAAUUUAAUGCUGUUGGAAUAAUUUAUGACCAAACAAUUAUGUAGUUCACUUGUGUUCCCAACGUACGUAUAUACAGGAAGACUCCUAUUACAACAGCUCUGAUGAUGAAGAGUUUGAUGAGUUUGCUACUAUGGCUCCUCAGUCACUGGCUAGAGUAAGAUGUGUAGAGUCAUCAGGGAAAUGGAUCGAUUUCAACCCCACCAGGUUGCUGUAACUGAGGUGCUGAUAGCUCUGGUUGAACUGGUCCCUGAGCUGACGUACAGCUCUGUCCCUCGACUCUCCCCUCACUCCUUCCUGCAAGCUAAGGCUACCAACUCCUCACCCUACACCAUCCUGGCUGGACCAACCAACGUCUUCCUGGACAACAACUUUAUCACUAAGUCGACCAUGAGUGGUGUGUCUCCAAGGGAGGAGUUUGUGAGCUCCCUGGGAGCAGCCAGUCAAGUCCGCAUCACCAUGGCCACAGUACACAACAUGCUGGGAGGGGCAAAGACAAACACCAUCACCUACACUCACACUUCCUUGAUCAAGAACACCAGAAGUGACUCUGUCAACAUCAAGGUCUCAGAGCAAGUGCCUCUCAGCACUGAUGACAGAAUCAAGGUGAGUGUGGUUGACCCUGCUGUGAGGAAGGUGGGUGACAAGUGUCUUCUCCCGUUUGUUCACGUUCAACUAAUUAAAAAAGUCUCACAACCUUGAGUGCCGGCUCGGAGUGUGAGCUCAAGCUGGUCUACACUGUAGAGCACCCGGCACAAGAUGGCCAUCGGGAUAUAGCCCUUGGACUGUCGAAGUAACAAACUUUCCCAAACUUUUUAUUUUGUUUUUGUGGACUUAAUAAGUUCUUGGUUUUGGAAAAUGUUAUUCAUGUGUUAUUCACUAAGUAUGCAAUCAGGAAUCUAGAUCUUAGAAUAAUUAUUCAUCAUCUUGUGUACUGUGUAUACACAUACACGCCCCCAACCUCUUAGUCUACUGCACACCGUGCAAGCAAGAACAUGAGAUUAUGAGAGAGUUGUUGGCAGGCCCUCACUCUUUUAAACUGCUAUUUCUAUAGAGUGACAGACAAGAGAAGGUUCAUACAGUACAGGUACAGUAUAAUAUAUCUAUGGGUUGAAACAAAAAUAAGUUUGUCUUCAAAUUAAUUAGAGAGAUCUACACUUACUCGUGCCCUAAGACCUUAUAGUAAGUUGACCCUCAAGAUUUUCUGACCUCUAAAAAUAGCGACAGCUGCGCUGACAAACUAAAUGGUAGCCACACUUUCUAGCCCAAUGCUAGAAACACGUGUUUUUACGUGGCAAGUAGACUAAGUAGAGCACCCUCCACAUAAUUGUUCGACCUCCGAUCGAUCUGGCUUUGUAAUUAUUUAGAAAUGUUGCGGAGGUACUACCGUAUUGUAUCGUAUAGCGGAUAAUUAACCCAAGGUGUGUGGGCGACCACGGGUUAUACGUACAUGCAGGAGUGUAUGAAGAGGAGUAUCCAACUGUAGCAGUUGUAUAGUGUAAACCAUGUUACGGUACAAGUAUGUCAUACCACGUCACUAUCAGACCUUAGUCUCGCGAGCAGAUGUGAGAGGGAGGGAACGUCUGGUCACUAUUGCAGCAAUUCCGUGGACGAAUGUUGGCAGUGCCAAUCAGAUUUGUCCACGUCAUAGUGGGGCUGUAACACCCCGUAUAUUUCCUAUUAUAGCAUAAAAUGAUUGUGAAAAGAAGGAUUAUUGACUCUAGCAAAGGCUAAUUUUAGUGUUGAACCAUAUACCUGGCUGCGAAGGAAAUCGGGUAAAAGAAGCUCAUACCAAGCAAGAGCUAGCUAGCUGCGAAUGAAAAUAUUUGUCUACAUGUGAAUUUGGUUAAUUAACAAAUAUCUUGCACGUGACUACAUUCCUCAGUGCCAUGGAAUUGCUGCAAUAGUGACCAGACGUUCCCUCCCUCCCACGUCUGCUCGCGAGACUAGUCAGACCUCAUCUUAAGUGGGUGCGUAGGUGUAGUGGUUAAAUAGUUAAAAAUGAUAUCAGCCAGCAUACACGCAUGAUUGUGCCUCAGGUACAAAACGAAGCUCCGCCCACGAUUUUUACUAGUCCUAUUCGUUUUAAGAGCCUGGAAUUUUGAUUGCUAUUUGAACGCCCACUAACUACUUCCUGUAUAGCUUCCGCAGUAAAAUUGUGCUGAGCUGGCACGCCCUUUUACAUUGAAGUCAUUGUAAAAUCAAUGCGUUUUUGCAGCCUCUGCAUUCUGCAAUGCAUGCGCUAUUAUUCUAAGUAAAGGAAGUUUGUGAAAUAUUGAAGUAAGAGCUACACAAUGGUUUUUGUCCCAGAGAGUUUUUGUCAACUGUCCAGGGGCGAUCCUAGGAUUCAGUCAAUGGGGGUGCUCAUUGCGCGCAAAGCGCAACGCAAAAUUUAGACCACGCCCACUUCCGGGGUCACGCCCCUUUUGUCGGCAACGCCCACUGUUUUCUAGAUGGUGCACAGCCACAGUACAGUAGAACCUCGAUUAUCCGGACACCUUGGUUCCAGAAGCAGGCCGGAUAAGUGAAUAUGCCGGAUAAUCAAAUAGAUAAACCACGCCUUGAUCCACCCACUUUAUUGAUAAACAGCAGUGCCACAUGGUUGUCUGCGCAUGCGCAGAAGAUAAGCAGGCAUGUAUCCAUGGUAACAGCUGCAACGCGCAUGCGCGUUUGAGGGACACGCCCAUUUUUUGAUCUGAUAACAAGAAAACUGCCAAGCCGGAUAAUCGAGGUUCCGGAUAAUGGAGGGCCGGAUAAUCGAGGUUCUACUGUACUGACGACAGUGCCAUCAGCAAGUCAAGAAUGUUUACGACCGGCCAGAAGCUCAAUUCGCCUGGGAUGGCAAACUCUAGCCAACUCUUCUUAAGGCCACUAAAAGAUUGAUCAGCUUACCAGGAGGUGACAGGCAGCGUACAAAGUAUGACCACCAGUACGUACCUUGAUGUUGAGGAAAAGAGACUUUGUAGUUUACAUUGCAGACAUUGAUUAUUAUUAUAAUUUACGCUGCGUAUAAUUUAUUGUACAUACAUGUAGGCUUAAUUAUAUAAUUAUACUAUACAUUCAUGUACCUCAUGUACCUGGAUCCAAGAA